CUCCUCAAUCUCAAUGUCACUUAUAAACGAUAUAAUCACCAACCCCGCCUACCAUGACUACCUCGCGAUCCUUAAGGGUGCUCGCAAUGGUUUCGUCUACGGUGUCAAAGUACGAUUUCCACAUGCACUCGUCAUGUCCGUUCUCUUUGGCCGUGGGGACUGGAAAGCACGGGCGCGGGUCAUCUUCCGCGCUACCCGCCAACAUGCCUUCAAUCUUGCAAAAUUUGUAACUUUGUACAAAGUCAUUCUCCUACUUCAAAAGAAGUUCAACGGCGGGAAGGAGAGGAGCGCCGAUACCUUUGUGGCAGGACUCCUAGGAGGUUAUGCCGUCUUUGGCGACCGAAAUGCGGUGAACGAGCAGAUUGUACUCUACGUCGUUUCACGCGUCGUGGCAUCUUUCAUCCCUCGAUCAUCAUCUCCAUACAACACAUCCCCACAAUCAGCACUGGCGACCUCCGCGGUGAAACCUAUUCCUCCGAACUCCAAGUACUUUACGGUAUUUGCCGCUCUCUCAUGGGGUGCAGUUAUGUGGCUAUUCCGACACCGGGGAGAGACCAUCCAACCGGGGAUGUUUAACUCGAUGCAGUACCUAUACCGCGAUUCAGAAACGUGGAACGAUCUUAGAACAUUAUUCUGGCAUAACACAUGAGUUACACGUUCAAUCCAUACACACAUAAUAUUUAGCUUAUCGAAUUCCAACUCGGUUCCUUUG